CCCUCCAAUCAGAAUUCCAAGAAAAAAGAAAACCCCACCGACGAGACGGGAACGCUUUUUUUCCAAUUCCGCGUUAAUUAAUGGUAAUCAAUUACGCUCUCUCGCACUUACUCAACUAGCGAAUAAUCAAACACUGAAAAGAUAGAUCUCAACAAUCACUGUUCAGAUCUAUCAACUGUUACUCCGAGAAAUCUUGGCAUCUCUUGAUGGCGCGUUUUCAAUUGGUAGCAUUUUCUCUGAUCCUCAUUUCCUCUUCGCUACUCGACCUCGCUCUCGCCAAAACCCUCAAACGAGACGUGAAAGCGCUGAACGAGAUUAAGGCGUCGCUGGGGUGGAGGGUGGUGUACGCCUGGGUGGGAGACGAUCCCUGCGGCGACGGCGAUCUGCCGCCGUGGUCCGGGGUCACUUGCUCUACUCAAGGAGAUUACAGAGUCGUCACUGAAUUGGAAGUUUACGCGGUGUCGAUUGUGGGGCCUUUUCCUACUGCUGUCACCAAUCUGUUGGAUCUCACUAGGCUGGAUCUCCAUAAUAACAAGUUGACUGGGCCAAUUCCUCCUCAGAUCGGACGGUUGAGGCGUCUUAAAAUACUUAAUUUGAGGUGGAAUAAACUCCAAGAUGCCAUUCCUCCUGAAAUUGGUGAACUGAAGAGUCUAACUCAUCUAUACCUGAGCUUCAAUAACUUCAAAGGUGAAAUCCCUAAGGAGCUUGCAAACCUUCCAGAGCUUCGCUACCUCUACCUACAGGAAAAUCGUUUGAUCGGUCGAAUUCCUCCAGAAUUGGGAACUCUACAAAAUCUCCGGCACCUGGAUGUUGGUAACAAUCAUUUGGUGGGUACUAUAAGGGAACUAAUACGCAUUGAGGGGUGCUUUCCAGCUCUUCGCAAUCUUUAUCUGAAUAAUAAUUAUUUAACGGGAGGAAUACCAGCACAGCUUGCAAACUUGUCCAACUUGGAAAUCUUGUACCUCUCCUACAAUAAAAUGUCUGGAGUAAUACCAUCUGGACUUGCUCAUAUUCCAAAACUUAUUUACUUGUACUUGGAUCACAACCAGUUUACAGGGAGAAUUCCUGAGGCCUUCUAUAAACACCCUUUCUUGAAAGAAAUGUAUAUUGAAGGAAAUGCAUUCCGGCCGGGUGUAAGCCCAAUAGGUUUUCACAAAGUCCUUGAGGUUUCUGACACUGAGUUCCUCGUGUAGUCAAGACAUCAACUUAUUCUUUACUAGGAAUUGAUGGGAUAUUUUCGAAGCGUUGCAUGAGGAUGCAGUGAUAUAGAGAUGAAGAGGGAAAAUUGUGUCAUCGAUGUUGUUAUAGCUGUUAUUAAAUAGACCAAGUUUAUUAAAUAUCUUUAAAAUUAUGCA